GCGAGGCAGUGGUACAGCCUGGAGCACCCGGCAGCCGCCGCGGCCGGGGACCCUGGACCUCUCCCCACGCCGAGCCUGAGCCAGGUGCACUCUGGGCCUGAAGCCAGAAAACCCCCACUCGGAGGAUCUGAGGCAUCUCCUCCUCCCAUUUGAACAAGAAGGGGCUCUGGAGGACGCCAUCCCAGCAGCUCGACAGGACUCUACAGAAGAAGGGGCUCAAAGCGCCUGGCUCACCUCUCACUCCCCCUUCUGCCCAAGGAAGGAAGGAAGGAAGGAAACCCCCCUUCCCAAGGAUGACACUAAAUACUCAGCAAGAAGCAAAGACCCCCCUGCGUCGCCGAGCCAGCACUCCACUGCCCCUGUCCCCCCGGGGCCACCAGCCUAGCCUCCUGGGUACAGCACCUUCUACACAGUCCCGGCAUCCCCGACUGGGCCAAUCAGCCUCCCUUAACACCCCCACCCAGCAACCUUCACCUGCCCCCAACGGUUGGUCUUCUGAAUCCAGCGACUCUGAAAGCUCCUGGGAGGCCCUCUACCGCGUGGUACUCCUCGGAGAUCCUGGUGUAGGGAAGACCAGCCUGGCCAGCCUCUUUGCAGGAAAGCAAGAGCGGGACCUCCAUGAACAACUGGGAGUUGCAGAAGAUGUGUACGAGAGGACCCUCACAGUGGAUGGAGAGGACACCACGCUGCUGGUCAUGGAUACCUGGGAGGCUGAGAAACUGGACGAAAGUUGGAAUCAGGAGUCAUGCCUGCAGGUGGGCAGUGCCUAUGUCAUCGUGUAUUCCAUCGCAGACAGGGGCAGCUUCGAGAGUGCCUCUGAGCUCCGCAUUCAGCUGCGGCGCACACAUCAGGCGGACCAUGUGCCCAUCAUCCUGGUGGGCAACAAGGCGGACCUGGCACGCUGCCGGGAAGUCUCUGUGGAAGAGGGCCGCGCCUGCGCUGUGGUGUUCGACUGCAAAUUCAUCGAGACGUCAGCCACGCUGCAGCACAACGUGGCGGAGCUCUUCGAAGGCGUGGUGCGCCAACUGCGCUUGCGGCGCCGGGACUGCGCAGCGCGCGAGCCGCCGGCGCCUCGAAGACGGGCGAGCUUAGGCCAGCGGGCUAGACGCUUCCUGGCACGCUUGACGUCCCGCAGCGCCCGCCGCCGGGCACUCAAGGCCCGCUCCAAGUCCUGCCACAAUCUGGCCGUGCUCUGAGGCCGCCCGCCCGCCCUCUGGAUGGCGGGACACUGGGGUGCAUUCUGGCCCCCACCGACGCCGCAGAAGGGCAGAGUCUCGGUGGCUUGGAGACUGCAUCGUGGGCGUUGGCCGCCCACUGCCCCAACGGACAGGAGCAUCUUCCCAGCCGCGGUUUCACGGACCUCUCAGCCCUGGGGAAGCGAUGGACAGACUAUGGGGCCAAAACCUAAACUGGGUUUUUUAUGCGGUGCGUGUCUCUUUGUAAAAGAUCGUCCUUGUCCUUGGGCUCUGGCCAACUCUCAGAAAUUCCCCACAAUAAAUCAGAACAGA